AUGACAGAUCACAAGUUCUCUCUGACAGAUGCUGAAAAUACGGCCAAGGAUGACGAUCAUCCCGAUCCGACUGAAGGUGAAGCUGAUCCUGCUGCUGUGGAUGAUAAUGAUGUAGAGCCAUUCUCAGUGGCAGAAGAUGCAGCUGAUGUGCAAAAGAAGAUGAUGGGACAGAAGUGGUCUUUGUGA